AUGAAAGGGCGGCCUCGCCCGGGAAAGAAUGGGACCUCCAGCUCCAAACCGGGCAAGCGGACGCGUCUGGCGCCGAAGGACCCAAGGCUGAGGACUGGCUACCGAGGCUUCUGUCCCCUAACCUCCCAGCAAGGCGAGCUGCUUGGUGGGGGUGGGCUGGUGGAGCGCCGGCCCUUCGAAGAAUUGGAUCCUGCUUCGUUCUUUGAGCAGUUUGUGCUUGAAAGAAGGCCCCUUGUCAUUCGAACUGGGGGAGCACCUGCAGCACUGGAGGCGCUGUUUGGCCUUCGUGGUGAGGCUGCUAGGUGGGCUUCCCCUGGCCACGAGGGUACCGCGGCCAUGUGCCUUGGGCCCGCGGGCAAGUGCCAAGUCGAAGUGGAGCGCCGUGCCAGGACGUCCCAGUUCUUCGGCCAGCAGGAUGCGGGCACUCGCGAGAUCACCACCUUGGGACACUUCUGCAAGGAGAUCGACCAGGGCAACGAGCUGGCCUACUUGACCACGCAGGCUCUUCCUGAAGAUGCCCGAGGGUGUCCGAAAGCACUGGCCCCUCCGCACGUCCAGAGCUUGCUGGACGGAGCCGAGACUCUUCGGCCAAAGCUUGUGAGUGGACUGGCGCCGGUCCAAUACAACCUGUGGUUUGGGAGGUCUCAGGAGGGAUCGUCCUCCGGCCUGCAUCAUGACUUCCACGACAACAUCUACGUGCUGCUGCGGGGUCGCAAAGAGUUUCGCCUCUUCAGCCCACGCUGCCUGGAUAUUCUGCGACCAGUUGGAGUGGCGCGGGGGCGAGCCAAGUUGCACCCAAAUGGCCUCAUUACCUACAUCCCGGGUGUGAGGUCGGAUGGCGCACCAGUGUCCCUUGCCCGUGCCUGGAGUGGAGAAAAGAAAGGAGCCCCGAACUGCAGUGAUGAAGAGGAGGCUGAGCUUGAUCAGCUGCUGACCGACGCCAUGGAUGCGGGAGUCGAUGAUGGUCAUGGGCCGAAUGAAAGCAAGGAGAGUCCACUGCCUGAUAGCUUCUGCCAUGUAAGUACCUGCAAGGAAGGCCGUGCUCCUAUUCCCUCCAGCCUCCGCGGUCGUCACCUCACUGCAGAACUGACCGUGGGUGACUUGCUGUACUUACCUGCAAGCUGGUUUCAUGAAGUGAUCUCUUAUGGUGGUGACGCCGGAGGCCACUUGGCACUGAACCUCUGGAUGGCUCCUCCCAGAAUGGGCUCCUCUAUAGACAAGCCUUACGAAGAUGGCUUCUGGGAUGGCCUGUAUUGCAGUUUGGAGAAAGCAUGGAGAAGACAGCCGCAGGCUGCAGACCAGAACGCCCCAAGACAGGACGACGCAUCACGGCGCCCGAAGUCUUCGCGCAGGCCUCGGGGGAAAGCCCGAACUCUUUGGACGCAUCGGAAGCAGUUGCCGCCGCGAAAGCGCUCAGCGAGGGUGCGGCAGCGGCGGCCCUGA